GAAGAUGAAGACAAAUUCAAAGCCUCACCAUUAAAGAACCUGUAUCAAACCCUAUUUCCUUCUCUCUCUCUCUCUCUCUCUCCUGUCAUAGCCCUUCCAGACAACCCUUGGAACCCCAUUUAUGGUGGAUCGAAGACAUGGGAAACGGCCACUUCCUUUGGAAACGCCGGAGGAGAAAGCAGAAGAAGGACAUGUGGGCGGCGUCCCACCAUGUCUGCCGGCGAAAGACAGCCAUCACCAGAACCUGCCGUCUGCGGUGCAAUCGGACUCUGCCGUGGCACGUAAUAUCUACCCAUCUCAGCUCAUACAAGAUGAAGGAAACAUAAGGAGACACUACAGAGGAGUAAGACGAAGACCAUGGGGAAAAUGGGCGGCCGAAAUUCGAGACCCAAACAAAGCAGCCCGAGUUUGGCUUGGCACCUUUGACACGGCGGAAGAUGCAGCCCUUGCCUAUGAUGAAGCUGCCCUCAGGUUCAAAGGCUCCAAGGCCAAGCUCAAUUUUCCUGAAAGAGUAGUUCAAGCGCCAGCUGAUCAUCACCACCAUGCCCAAUUCAACGUGACUGCUCAUGGAGAUUCAACCUCCAGCAGCUUCGUCAUGCCAUCGCAAGCCACUUAUCCGCACCUCCUCCAAUAUGCACAGCUUCUUUCAAGUACCGAUGCUGAGUUCCCUUAUUUCAGUUCAGCCCUCUACCAUCACCAACCCUUCCUUUCUCCGGCUUCGACUGCCACGGGGACUCCGUCAUUGUCCUCCAGUAUAACCUCAGAUCCUCACCAGCGGCAGCUGCAUCAUCAACAACAGCAACAACAUGAGCUAAUGACGAGUUUUUCAAUGUUUCAGUCGUCAGGAAGCUCCUCUUCUAGCAAUCAUCAUGGGGAGCGCUCCUCAGAUUCUCCCUACCCAAGUGGCAAGUAGUAGCCUUGAAGGUUUUUUCUACGGCCCUAAAGGGCAAUGAAAGCACUAAAGAGGGUCAAAGCUCCAGUUAAUAAUCGAAGCCUAGUAUCGAAGCCUGGAAUACACAAGAAUGAUGCAGAGCCAAGUAUUCAACACUUAGCAUUGAAGUGUUGAGUAUGCAAGAACAAAUCUAAGCCCCAUCAAUCAAAAACCUAAUAUCAAAGCAUGGAAUCCACAUGAACGAUCUAGGGCUCAUUAUCCAAAAAUCAAACCGUGAGAGCAUGAGAAUGGUCCAAAAACUGAAGUGUAGGAGCAUGAGAAUAGUCCAAAAAUUGAAGCAAAAACCAAAGCACAAAAGCGUGAGAAUGGUUCAAUAACUGAAGCGCUAAAGCAUUAGAAUUGUUUAAAAAUCGAUGCACGAAAGCAUGAGGACGGUUCAAGAACACAAAAAAUGCAAGAAUCACCAGAGAGAUAAAGGGAAAACCUAACAUCAGGGGUGUAGAAUGCGUAAGAUUGGAUUAUAGGCCGAAAAUGUUAAAGCACAAAAAUGAUUUAGCAUAAUCCAAAAUCAAAAGCAAUAAAUGCGCAAGGAAGAACGAAAUCAAAAGCACAAAAUACAUGAGACUAGAUUAAAACAAAAAUUGUAAAAACGCAAGUGAGUCUUCAAAAAAAACUAAGGAGAGGGCAUAAUGCCCGCCCAUCAUCCUCUAAGGACUAGGGAGUGGGCGUGUCCCUCAUUUUCUAAGGAAAAGUGAAGCGUAAACAAUAAAAGUUUUGAAUAAUUCAUUGCAAAAUUUUAUAUAGUAUGCAAGAUGCUAACAUGUUACACAGGGAAACAAACAUAAGCCCAAAACAAGAAUCACAUGAGGCGAAGAAUAGCAUAGAAUGCCAAAAUGCAAGAAUUAUCCAAGGAAAAUCUAGCAUCAAAAGUAAGAAAAUGCACAAACAUGAUCUGUGGACCAUCAUCUAAGACAAAAGGGAAGUCAACAGGACCGAUGACUUACAAAAAAUGAAGACCCUCCAAAAAUAAAAAAAUUCAAUAACCCUUCAACAGAGUAUUGUCAUCCAAGGAGGAAAUGAUGUAAGAAAAGGCGGAUAACUACUCUUCCCACUAGGAAACCCAAUGGAAAGAGUAUGGAGCAAUUGUUACGUCCAGUAAUUAGUCUAGGCCUAUGAAAAUCCAAUUGACAAAGUUGUAAAUGAGCAAGUAUCCAAGUGACAAAGCAACAAAUGAUUAGGUGGCCUAUAAAUGAUCAGGUGCCUUGCAAGCCAAAACCAAGCAACAAGUGAGCCAAAUGGUCCAAACAAGCCAAAAGAAAAUAAAGCAAGAUGUAGAAGCCAAAAAACUCGGCCAUGAUCGAGUGGAGGCAAGGCCACUUGGUCAUGAGUGGCCUCACUCUAUCUAGUCUGCAAGGAACCAAUUCAAGGCGAAUUCGCCAAACAAGAAGUCGAUAAAAGGCUACAAAAAUGGAGCUCGAGGAAAGAAAGAUGAGAAAUGAGUAAAGGAGAGAACAAGAAGCCACAAAACCUAGUGGCAUGGCCUCCACACAAUCAUGAUUGAGGGGACACAUGGGCACUCAGUCAUGUUUCCCCCAUUCAGCCAUUUCAACUUUAAAUGGAUAAUUAGGUCUCAUUUUAGUAAAUGUUUAGAUUAAUUUUGUCUUUAUAACUCAAAAUAUGAAUUUUUCAUAAUCAUUUUAACUUUAAAUGGGUAAAUAUGUGUCAUUUAUUACCCAUUGCAAUUCCUACCAAAAUGAUAUUGAAAUUGUGUG